AUGCUGCAAUCCACGCGCCCCCUCCUGCUCAACAGCCAUCAAGCAACGCCCAGCAGCAAGCACAGUGGCACGAGCAAUGGCAACAGGCCGCUGCCCAGGCAGGUGGACAAGCACAACAGCCCCAACAGCAGGCAUAUCCUGUCCAACAGCCCCAGCAGCAGCCCCAGCAACAGCCCCAGCACUCACAGUCUCAACAGCACGUAUCAGCCGCAACGCCCCUACACGCCCACACAGCCGCGACCGCAACAGUAUGCAUCGCCACAGGGUCCCAGUAUGGGCGUUGGACCUGGCGUUAACUCGGCCAACAAAAGGCCCAGGCACGAGUUCGGUCCUCGACCCGGUCCUGCCGGCAUGAACGGAGCUGUUCCCGUCGCCCACCAGCCACAGCAAGGAGUUGGUCAGGCGAAUCUGGGGCUCAACAGCAGGCAUGGUUCGAGCAAUUUUGGCUGGCAACAGCCGCAGAAUCCUUCGAUGGGACCGCCGGGCGUAGCAAGAGGCCCAGGUCCAGGCCUGAGAAAUACCGGUCCCAUGGCCACCUUCCAGCAGCCAGCCAUGAUGAUGGGCGGCAGUCCUCCUAUGGGCGGCAUGGCGCAGCAGCCGCCAGUAGGCCCCAGCUCUGGUCCCAUGAGGCCUGUACCUGCAUACAUGGGAGGACCCCUACCGUUUCACGGUGGUCAAGCGCCCCCCACGGGCCCAGGCGGCCGACCUUUGGGUCCAACGGGCCCACGAAACGCAAUGACUCCUCGUCGCCCUGCCAAUGAUGCAGGAUCCUCGCGCACAAGCCGAAUCUCAUCGUCUUCUUCAAGUAAUGCCUCCGAGAUCAAAGACCGGAGCGCGAGCGGCGGUUCGAGUACGGCCGGCCCUUCGAGAUUUUCGGGCCCCGUAGGCGUCAAUGCACUUCCCCCGGGCUCUUCUUCCCGUGGUGCUGCGCAGGCCAGUCGUCGGAACGGUCGUCCGUCUCACGCUGAACGCAGCGCUGAUUCUUCAUCGGGUUCCAAGACGCGCAACGAUGCCUCAUCGCGGCCACCACAGGCGCCAUCGGGACCAAGACGAAACGCACAGCCUGCGGCACAGGAUUCGCAGUCCUCCUUUGACGUCAACAAGCCGGCUAUCAUCGCCACUCAAGCGCAGGCAUCGACAGAUCUCGAUCAUCCCGUGCCCGCCGCUUCGAAAAAGACGUAUGCCGAUUUUAACAUCUUGGGCAUCCACAUUCCUGACAUUGACUGGAUCUGGACCGCUUAUGACAGUGCCAUUGGCACAAAGGAGCCAACGGAACAAGAAGGCGAAAGUGAAGUGAAAGCGGAGUCACACUCUGACGAUGAGGGUGAUCUCGAUCGUCCCAUAUCACUACUCAAAGUUCUAGCGGAACGUACCGCGAUCUGGCAACAGCAAGAACAAGCAGAAGAGGGUGUAAGGAAAGGCCAGGCGAACAAGCUCAAGAUCAACUUUGCCGCUCUCUCCCCACCAAAUCAGAGCGCAAAGGUUGAGAGCAAGAAGACGGUCGUACAUGGCGAUAAGAUCGACGACCAGGAAGAAGCGACAGAGAAUGGAGAAGAGCCGCCAGCGUCGGAUCAAAAGGUUCACACUUGGACGGCAGAGACGAAGGGACCGCCACAGCUCUCAAGCAACCGAAUCGGGCUGACAUACGCCUCUGGCGCGAGGCGGCUGGUCAUGGAUGCCGAAGUGGUCAAGGAGGUGCGCUUUUGUCGGGAGGAAAAGCGAGUCGAGAUCGUCAUCGACGCCGUCACGAUGCCACGCACCAGGCCGAGGGCCGCCUCGUGGAAAAAGAGAGCAGAAGAGUGGGUGAUUUGCAAAGGUUUCUUGCUGGAGAGCCGAAAACAGGGUCCUGUGAUCGAGCAUCGCAAGCAAGACAAUGUCAGCUACGAUGCUGUCAGCCGCCGACAGCUCGAGCAUGCCUGGUACCACGAGACAGAGGAAGAGGGGACCGAGACCAAAGACGAGGGGCUGACGGAGGGUGGUGCAAACGGAGAUGGAGAGGGAGCGGGGCGGGAAGAGGCAGACGACGAGGGCAACGAGUCUCUGAAGCAGCAGCAGGAUGAUGAUGGAGACGAAGAAGUGACGGAGCAGCGCAGCGCAAAGGAUCCUCCGAGCCGGGUGUGGGGAAGCCACAAGACGUUGCCUCCCCUUCACCGGAUCCUUGCUUCAGACGUGGACGCCGAUCCGGAAAGGGAGGCGCCCGGUCGCGAGAUGAUUAUUCACAUCGCGUUGGAAAAGGUGGCUCCACUGCAGGAGGCAAAGUGGCUGAAGACGGGCGACAUCGUCGAGUGGCUUGCCGGUUUGCCGAGCUUUUCGCGAACCUCGGAGCAGGCAUGGGCGCGCAAGAUCCACGUUGUCGACCCAGAUCCUCCUCCCUCUGUUCAGGACCUCUUCAGCGAUUGGACCAAUCGGUCCACUGUGAACCUCGCAAAGGACCGACGUCGGUUCGUGUCAGAGACACUGAACGGCGGCGCAUCCUCCUACAUCGAGAUUCUCGCUUGGCUCAUCCACGGUGAUCGCUACUACUCUGCCCCUAACCAAAAGGAGCUGGGUCCCUUGCUCUCAAAUGCGUUGUCUUUCUCCGCAUAUCCGGGCCACCAGAACCAUAUGAGCCUCAGCGUCUUGGCCCUCUUCUCUCUCUGUCGAAAUUACGCCGAGGUAGCGGGAACGGAGGCCGAGGUGCUCGAAGCUCAGAUGGGUGAGAUCAUAAUGUCACUGCCCGUACGCCUUACAUUCAGAGCCAUGGACGGUAUGUUCAAGGAUCAUGCAGAUCGCCAGAGGGCAAAAGAAAGGCAAGCGGAACGUCAACGAGCCAAAGAAAACAAUGCUGCAGCUGCUUCUGGAACUUCGACUCGCGAAGGCACCUCCAGCAAGGUUUCGAGCCGUGCCGGGUCUGUGGCUCCUUCACUAGGUGAAGCAAGUUCGAGGCAAGAGGGCGACGAGGAUGCGCCGGCCGAGGUCCAGGAUCCCUCGUCCACCUACGCCACGGCUUUUCCUACUAAUGACGCUGCCCAUGCCUCUGCCGCACCUGCUGUCACUGCUGCUACAGGGUCGAGUGUCGAAGAGUCAUCAUCGGAGGCUCAAGUGGCGCCGCCUGUCGAAGGCGAAGAAGUGAGAGACGAAGUGGAAGAGGCUACGGAGGAGACGCCCGGUGGGAUGCAAGGAGGAGAGGAGAUGGGAGAGCCGCAAAGGGAGCACGGAGGAGACAGAGAAUCAGAGACAGUUGAAAAGUGGGUCGGUGAAGAGGGGAAACAGGAUCAGACAGGACAAAUCUCUGCAGAAGUCACCAUGGUACCUGCUCCUGUGGGAGAGUCGAAGGACCCGUCGGCGCCUGCUGCUGGAGUGGAUACAGUCAUGCUGUCUGCACCUGCACCGGAAGAAGCUGCCCCUUCGGGCGACGCCACCAAGGCCAGCGCCACGGUCGGCCCGCAAGAAAUUUCCGAAGGGCCCGGUACGGUGGAGAAUGGGACCCAGACCCCGCCGUGA